AUGCAGGUGACGGCUGCAUCACUAACUCCACUGGAAGUUUUAACUGGAAGCAGUGGUUCGAUCUUUACCAAAGCUUCAUCGUGUCUGCAACCUGUCGAACACCGUUCUGUUUCGACACCGUUGCUUCCACCCGACAGUUCAUCGAACCCCGACUGUCAUGAAGCCUCCAGAUCAGAAAAGUCGCCCGACCCUCUGUCUCCAUCUUCCCCUUCUCCGGUCUUGGAGCCACCUACAAAUCCGAAGAAAAAGAAAGCUACAAUCGUCAUUCAGUGUGAGGCUGUCUCCACUCCGCUAGUCAUCAUUCGGGCUCCUGAGACUAAGAAACUCAGCCUCACAGUAAAUGAAACAUUUUCUACCCGAAUUCAACGUUACGAUGAGGAUACCCCGAACGAUGACGAAUCCUCUCUUUACGAAUACGAUGGCAAUUCGGACUUGUCUGCUUCUUCCAGUUCAUCGGACUGCCCGCCAGUGGCCAAAUAUAGGGUAGACUCCUACUUUGGAGUCUUGUUAACAAGGCUCCAAUCUUGUCCCUUAACAUGUUUAAGGCCUUUAUCCCGGAACGUCUAAGACGACUAUUCUUUAGCCUGCUAUUUUUUAUUGGUUCGCAUGUGGCGCCCAAGGAAGGGUAGUCACUUUGAUGGACUGACAGUGACACUGAAUUCCUGGCCGCGUGGUUUGGUUGUUCUACUUUGAUCCUCCGCCCGCAUUCAGCAAUUGACUGUAGCUCCUUGAAAUUAGAAUAAGCGCACUGGGUGGACCUCAACAAUCGCAUCCAGUGACGGACAAAACCAAAUGAGAGUUAGCUGGUGUACGCCCCCACUCGAUAAAUUUGUAUGUGUAGUCUGAUUCGGUCAGUAGGGUGAGACCGGCUGUGUUGCGACAUGUGCGAACGGGGGUAAUUACUAGGUCGGCCAUGGUGUUCAAACCUGUUGGCAGUCAUUUUGACCUUGUCUUACAACCAGAAUAUGAUAGUUGUGAGAGGGGAGAGAAGGAGAGAAAUCCAUAACGCCUUACUCCUCCUUACCAUAGUUUAAACCACACAAAAGUCGCUACUUUCCCGACCUAAUGGCCGUCAUUGUAACGCCUGACUGACAAACUAAUUGUCCUGUCGCAUGCUAUUUGUUUGAACAAGGUCGGCAAGAGAGACAUAAGAUUGUGUGUUAUCUAUACUACUAGCCACGUUUUGUGGUAUAGAAGUUAGCUUUUCUGUGCUGCUCGUUUUUAAAAGAGGGUCACUACGAAGUCUCAUCGAGUGGCCCAUUUUCGCAGUGCAACUCUGUGCCACGGUUAACAGGCAACCUCCUAAAACAUGCAGCGUGCCAGACGUUCCAGGUGAAAACUUUGUUAACCUUGAAUAAUGCGCUCUUUUUCAGAUGUUUGUUGGCAUAUAUGUCUAUCACUUGUAGACUUCAUCGGGCCGGCCGAGGCGGAGAGCCUGUCCAAAAUGUCGACAAAAAUUUAUACGUAGAGAUGCCUACAAGAAACAUUUGGUUCGCGUGCACGGCCUCCUACCGAUAUGUUGCGAAGAAGAGGGUAGGUUGGUGAUUUCAAGCACUUGCUAUUCGAAGACUUUCGUGCUAAACCUGUUUCAGUCAGAAGCAUGACAGUGAAAAAAAUCUCACCACGUGUACAAAAUUUGAUGCACGGCCUUCAAUCUGCGUGGCUUGUCCAGUAUUCCAUGUCCUCACAACUUUUCUUCGCAUAGCACUUUGAUGUUAGCCGCCCCCCACUUUGCAUAACUGCUUGGUAAAAUUUUUUUGUGGAUUUUUUUACCCUAUUUGUUAUACUUUAGAGCGCAAAUACAUCGCUUCCAUGAUAUACUAGUUUUGUGCCAAAAUGCGGCUUUUGCUAAUCAGACUGAAUUUUCGCCUUGCUAGUGGUGAUUCCUAGGCAUCAGCGUCAUUAGAUAGUCUCAUUGGGCCAAUUUCUAAAAGUCCAGUUGUAAAUUGUGGCUGACUCGGCGUUUACUCCCCCCCCCUGCCAAACAAGGAUCAUUGUGAUGUUACUUAUCGCAUUAGUAGUAAUAUGAAUAGUUCACAUUAAAAACAGUAAACGUGGUAGUAAUACCAUUAGUUUUAACGGCAGUAGUAAUGGCAACCAUAGGAGAUAGGAAUUUAUGGUUUUUGGUAGUGUCAAUGGUAGUGGUAGUAAUAGUUGUUUCGUCGGUGUUGAGGUGAUGGCAUGGAUAAUGACAAUUGAUUGUCCUCAUCUUUUUAGGAUGCAAGGAACGAUUUUCUACCCUGUCAGAACUAUUUAAACACCGCAAGACACAUGACCCCAACUGCCACUUCCCCUGCAUGAGUUGUCGUCGCGUCUUUACUUCGGCUCAUGCCCGUGCUGUAAGCUCAUUCUCAUAUCUUCAUGUCUUAACGACUUUCAUCAUACUGAUUCAGCCGUCUUCUUGCCAAAACUUAACCGCAUUUCGAAUAACUGUCACCUAAUCGAGUCGGUUAGUGGCGGACAACCGCACGUGGUCUGGUUACUUGGCGUGUCAACCGUACAAACCACCGACUGAGGAGACAGAAAUAUGCUCAAAAUCCACUUCCAGUACGUCCAUCCGUAUCUUCUGUUGGCGAUCUCAGUAUCGUUGCCGGCAGAGUCGGACGAGUUGACGUCCUGUGCAACUUCGUUCUGUGAUCAGCGCUGCCCAAGACCGAGCCACCUGAAUAGGUGGUUAAGGAGGCUGCAUUUGGCCGGUGAUUUUCCUAACUUACCCAACAGGCCUUCAUUGGUGGUGCUGUUGGAGAGCAGUGUCCGAUAAUGGGGUGUUCCCAGCUUCCAUCGAAUACUGCCAGGUAUCGGAUUUCCUCUGGACGUGUGGAUACUGUCUCGAAUCCGCCUAUCUGCAUUCACGUUACACAGGCCUGGAGUUAUUCAUCUGGUUGAUCUUGACCCUACUACGGAAGUCUUGCUGAAUUCAACCGAAGGCUUCGCCCCCCUUCUUGUUGUUGCCAUUAUCAAUUUUACUCCUGGUCAUCCGUUGUAAGCACGUUUCGACGCGAGUUAUCGGAAAUUUUUCGUUAUCUCGAAAGUUUCGUCGUCUACCAUAAAUAGGUAGGUAUCUCUAGAUUAUGGAUCUUAACCUAUCGUGGAGGAGUUAAUUUUCUGACUCACUUCAGCCUCAUUCGUACCGGAGAUACAGCACGACACAUUUUUUUCCCGAAGGCUCUAGGCAGCACUGCUGUGUCAUCAGCGUGCCGAAGGUCUGUGUCUGCCAACGCGUGCAAGAGUCCAACUACUAAGAAAACAUAUUCUUGGUGAGUGCCGGAGAUGUUGUUAGGCGGAUCACUCGUUGACUGUAGCCCGAAUUUCUCGUCGUUCUGUAUGAAUGGUUUGGGUCAGUCGUGAGAUUUUCAAUAGCCGGUUUCAAUACUGUUCCGGACAGUACUUCUGCACCCGUGGCAGUUUGUGGUACUGGGACUGCUGAGCUCAAUUCCUCUCCUGCGAUGUGUUUAAACCCAAAUAACCCAAGAGCCUCUUCGAGUUUCUGACAGACAUUAACAAACCAAGUUUUUGAGCUGGCCACGUCUGCGUUGCUUUAAAUGAGGAAAGGAUGUUGCAUUUAAGGUAAGAGCACUGAGCUUGCGAUAAAUUUAUUCCGGUCAGUUCGGCCUCCCUUUGCAUGACCUGAUGACAGUUCGACCAUCGUUUCCGAAGAUGUCCACUGUGUGCUCCACAGCAAGGUGCAGCAGACACGGCAACUUGCGCGUAAAUUAAUUGAAAGUAAUGGUAGACUUGCGCAGCACCUACCGCACUUUCUCUUCUCCACUUCGCACGUGGACCCGGCGUCAAGACAUAGUCAAGAAGACCGGAGGCAAGGGAGCGCGCAGGUGACUGGCGCGGCCGAACCCGCACCUAGGCGCGCCACUACACCCCCUGGUGGGUGUAAAGGACGCACUGGGUGUGAUAGAGCUUGUGGCGGUGGGCGCGCAGGGCGGCGGAGUGAGGGCUGGGCUAGGCAAGGUAGGUGUGUUGGAUGUGUUGUGUAGAGAUUGCGGUCAAUUUCGCCCUCGUGGAUACACAUGUGGCCGAAUAGACCCAUGCGGUGAGUGAAUGUGCGGGGACAGUGGAGGCGGAUGCGGCGGGUGUAAGUUGGUGCUCCAGGCACUGGUUCGCCAGUAUCUGUGCGAUGGAUUCGCAAGUGACCGACCAGGCCGAUGUGCGAAGUGAGGGUGAGAUCGCAAUGAGGACAGGUGUAGACCAGGUUCUCACCACCGGUGUCGACAGUGAUGGUGUUGGUGUGUCAGGAUUGUGUGUGAUGUUGAUGUACGUGGCGGACACCACAACGGCAGACGUUGAGGCAGUGGGGGAGGAGGAAGAGAGUGUGUUGUUUCAAUUUUGGUUGUUUUGACCGUGAGGUUUGCGUUUGCGACCACAGUCCGUUCGCAGACGCUGUGGUUCCCAGCGUUUGUUUAUUUCACCCUUUCUAAUCCCUUUCCCCUUUCAGGGGUGAGCAGUGCAAUCCCUUAAUAGGGCUUUUCAGUUGUCCCAGGCGGCCACCGAACUCCACUAUGGGCCACGACUUUUGUUUAGUGGGAGAGCGACCCGAGCUAGCCCGGGACUGCCUACGACGACGCGUAAACGAGAGUAGAGAGACGGGAGGCCUUGCUUUCCCGUUAGUUCUCUAGGUUUACUGGAUGGCAAAAUAGGAGUGGGGAGCAGGCAUAUUCAACAGAACGACAUUUAACUUACAGUAAGGACGGAAACGAGCAAGCAGACAAGGAUAACAAGAAGCAAAGGCAACACAGGAAAUCUAACAGAGCGGCAAUUAGCUUUCAACCAGGACAAACACAGGCAAACAGACAGAGAGCAUGCAAAAAGAACAAGCAGAGCAAGGGCAGCAGAACAACGUUCGCUUACCUGGGGGCUCACUUACCUUGUGGCCUCCUGCGGUGUACCAGACGCGGAGCCUCGUCACGGCGAUGUCGAUGCGGCGAUCCGUCCGGCCAGCGGAGUCCACAUUACCGUGCCCGCGGAUGCACACGCGGAUACGCUCACCCAAUUUAGCCUGUCGGUCGAGGCGGUUGCCGGCGUGUGGCUGUUAGGCAGUGCCUGGCUUCGGCGAGCCACAUGUAAGAGUUGGGUGUUAGCAAAUGGACACUAAGCGUAGUCUGCAUCUGCAAGCAUAACCUGAUAUACCCACACUGUCAUGUUCCUUUCUUCUAAGGCUGGCGCCUCGGUUUCCGUUCAUCAGCGCGCAUGGUCCAAUGUUCAAAACCGAAUGGGAGGCAUGCAUGACUGAAUGACAUGAAUGUGGACUUCUUGGGUAGUCCAGACAUUACGGUGGGGGCAGGCGUACAUUUGAAUGUUAGCGGGAACCAUGCAAACAACCUUACUUUAUAGAACCACAUCUCCAUUCCGUGACUAGGUAGCGGUAAGUUGGCUCAGUUAUAUUGCACACUCCUAUUCUGGGUACCACUAAUCGCAAGAAGUGCCGUAGCUCGGUGACAUUUUGUGUUUUGCAAACCUUAUCAGGCCACCUUGUUCUUCCACGGCACCGUACAUGCCUCAUGUCAUUGUAGCCUAGUGGUCGGAGGGCGGUUUAGUCAACAUUGUCGAUUUCGCUUCAAUCCUGUCUUCUUUCUGAGUUUUCUGACAGCCUAACGUUUUCUUUUCGUUCAGCGCCCCUGCGCAGUUUGUCUGAAAACGGCGUAAGUCGGCUAAAGUCCCUUCGGCUUUUGAGCGUCUACAAAAAGAAUUAGAGCAACCGGUUCUUGCGGAUCAGGACAAGUUGAUCUCCUUUGCGGAUUCUUAUUCUGCUUGAUUCGAAAAGACUUCUGCAGACCUGAUGCCCAACUCCGUUUUUUCAAAGCCACCACAAAGUGUUUGCAUGCAUGCAUGCGUGUGUCCCCCCCCCCCGCAAACGGACUUUUCUGUAGGUGCGCUAGACCAGGCUGGCUCAUGACACGCGCUUGUCAAGCCGUGCUGAGUCUGCACGAGUCGUUACCUAGUGCCUCACAUUCCUGUACCACACCGUAGACGAAUGCCUUUACGCCAGGUCACCCAAUGCGCCCAGUCUAACUUCCAGUCGGCCUAGCUCAGACAGACUGUUGAUGCAUGUGAGAUUAGAGAGUGAAGUCGACGCAUGAUAAUCCAUCUUCACAGCAAUCCAGCGCAUUCCUCACUAGUAGAUCUCGUGCGUUUAAGUCUAUCACGACGCGCCAAGAGUCGUGAUUUAGAAGAUCGCCAACUAAGGGGGUUAAAUGCAUCCUUCUCAGGACUGAGGAUCGAACUAUAAUGGCUCCUUAAUGUCGUUAUAGGAGAUCCGAAACCCCGAAAGGCAAUCCGGUGCAUGUGGAGCGGAGCCGUGCCGCCUACGGUACGCGUAGACGGGCUAUUUAGGUCUGUCUGCCACUACGUCCAUGCGCACGCCCGGUUGUCUUGGUCUUUAUAUCGGAGCAAGGUGGGUGACGGAAGAAAGAAAGAAAUCUUCUCCACUGUACGCAGAUGCACACGCAAGUCACUGUCUUGCCCACCCCGUGAAGCAGUGAUAGAUCUCGUUGACUGCGACGACCGAGUUAUCGCUUUUUUGUAUGAGGUUUAGGGGGGUGUCAUGGGAUUAAUUGGCGAGUUUUUUGACCAUUUCGUGACAAUGCACGAGCAGAUCUCACCGAACACAUCAAUGACCUUGGUGCCACCUCCCACCCCCUCUCUGUCACCCAGCCCACCUCUGUGACUCCUCGACAUUGUAAUCUGCACGACUGCCACGUCCUGAUAACCGUCCUUGAGCGGUUGGGUAGCCCAGGCGAGAAUAUCCAGUAUCUGUGUCUCCAUUUGUUAAUCCCCACCGCCCUCCGCCCCAAACAAAACGUCCUGUGGAGAGAGUGCAGUCGUCCCGCAAGCGGCUUCGAUUAAUUCAGGUGGUUUUUUCCUCACACCAAUGUCCUGGCUCGUGGUAGAAUUCGUCAUCUGCCUCGGACGGUUCACAGCCCGAUUCGGACAUCGUCGUUCGUGACGGUCGAACGGACAUUGCGAAGUGCGCUGUUUAGUUCCUCACAGUGUAAGGGGUUAUGAUACAUGUCCAAAAAUGCCAAUAACGACACCGUCUGCUCAUGGGCGCUAAAAACAGUUUAAACUCUAUGAAACAGCGGCAACCCCCUCAUCCCCUAGCAAUCCAUGGUUCGCCAGAAUGAGCAGACUCAUUCUAUCAUCCCAGAAUACUCGUUCCAUUUCAGACAACCCACUAACCAAGAGGGAGGGCAGCUUUGGUUGCCCGCAAAUAGUUUCCAUAUGAGGUGUAACCCUCUUUUGCGACCAAGGACAGCUGAACGAAGGAGGAGCGGGAUGCACCUGAGAGCGCUGAGACGUUAGAGUCGCCUUUACCAUAGAACAGCUGUCCAGCCUCCAUGGGGAAUCUUCUAUGGUCACAUGGCUGCGAAGCUCUCACUCUGUGGGGUGAACUUUGCCAGUCACCAACGCCUAUGCUUCCCCCAAGCGACAAACAAGGAGGACGUGAAGGACAAGUUCUGUGAAGUUCUGCACGUCUGCUCGGCCAUUUUGGGGGCGGAACAAUUACUAAUUCCCGAUAAUUUCAAUGCUCGCGUUGUCACAGACCACGUCACUUCGAAGGCAGUCAUAAGUCAUUACGUAGUCGGAAACGUUCUCCCGUUGCCAAACUGAGGAAAGACAGCGUGAAUGCACCGUCGCUCUUGUUACUGGCAACUGUUGGACCACGCCCUCAUCAGGAGGAGAGGCCAACGUGUUGCGCUGGUGGGAAAUGUGACGUGGUGCGUAACACUCAACCGGCCACUGCUUUAUCAUUUUAAACACAUUAUAACCCCAUCACGUAGGAGACAAACUAAACGUAAGAAAGCACCAAGUAAGAUAAACGCUUUACUCAGAAUGGAAUUACCGACAAAGACAAGGGAGACUGAAGUGGCCAUUUCUGACUUAUUAGCCGUCGUCAGCCAGUCACACCCAACCCCGAAGUGUGGAGCACCCGAGGCUCGAACUCGCGACCUGUUAGUUAGAAGUCCACGCCUCUAACCACUGGGCCACGAGCCCGUUGCCUUGUCGGUUUCGACCGGACUUCUAACUAACAGGUCGCGAGUUCGAGCCUCGGGUGUUCCACACUUCGGGGUUGGGUAUGGCUGGCUGGCGACGGCUAAUAAGUCAGAAACGACCAUUCCAGUCUCCCUUGUCUUUGUCGGUAAUAUCAUUCUGCCUAUAUCAUGCGCCGUUCUGCGGCUGCUGGUUGGGCUCGAGAGAGAGCCCGUAAGGCACAACGGCACGAGUGAGUUCCGUAAGAACAACCGGUGAGCGCCCCCUACCAAACGCUAUAUUAUUUUAUAUCUCUGAGGGCCGACCAAAUCACCGCUGUAGAAUGAGCGUCAGAGGUAAAGGCAAGUUCGGGAGGAGGAAGCCGUUGAGCUCAGAUGAAAGAAACUGCAGGAUGCCCUUGUUGUGGAAACAGGAAAUGAAACAGGUACUACGAAAGUCUCGUACACUGUACACUCAUUCACACCAGUCACCACCACGUUCUUGGAACAGUGAUAGUCCUCGCAGUUCGCGAUGGAUGGACUAUCGGCAACGGACGCAGUAGCGGCCUGAAUGUCACUUGUUGCCAUUGCGUAGCCUUCUUUGUCUAAAAGUGCACCACAAGCCACCAAAUGCCGUUUUUUGUAAAUGCCUUCGCUAGACUAACGUUUGUCAGAGCGCUUGUUGUUUUGACCCCUGCCCUCUCGCUCCACAGGUUCAUGCACGCACGCACCUCCGUCGCCGUUCGAUCAUAUGUGAUGACUGUGGCAUGCUCUUCAAGCAACUCUCCCACCUACAUAAUCACCUUCGGCGGGUUCAUCAGAAGACAGUCAGACCGAAUUCUCUGGUGCCCCGAGUCCCUCUACAGCCUCAACCGCCAAAAGGUAUUAUCUUCUUCCCAAAUUGCGGCGGCCUCUGUCCUUCAUUACUGAGUUGGGUCCUAGGACUUUCGUAGUACAAGUCUUUUCUCUGAUGGAAGUCCCGCCUGCGUGUAAUGUCGUGUCUACUGGCCGGUUUGAGCUACAUUACCACCGAGUCCCAUGUUUUCUGUGUCAUAGGAUCCUUCCGUUUCCUGUGUUUUGUUUAAAGUAGCAUGUUUUAGCCGAAACACCUGAGGCGCUGGCACCCACAUAUAGACCUUCAAACGUAAGCCAAUCUUCAGGUUUGGCUGUGACAGCUACCUGCGUCCCCCCCUCAUCUCCGGUCUUCUUGACUAUGUCUUGGCACCGGGCCCAGGUGGGGAGAGCGCGUUAUAUGCUGCGCAAGUCCGCGCUAAUUAUAAAAUAAUUCACGCGCAAGUCACUGUGCGUGCUUCACCUUGUCGUAGAGCAUACGGUGGACACCGUCGGGCACAACGAUUGAACUGUUGUACUGGAUCUAGUUCCGCGUUUAUCCACGGUAAUACAGACCGACUUUUCAGCGAGGUUCGCCAUCCGCUCACGAUAAGCAUAACAUGAGCAUUUUAUUUUUUCCUAGAAAGCGCUUGUAAGGAACUUUUCUUAGAAUUGAGUCAUUUAUGAAGUUGGUAUGUAAACGCACAUCAUACCUUGGUUGCAACACAUUUCCGUAAUUCGAAUAUGUUUUUCGCGCUAUGACUUACGUUGUUAAGACAUCCCAAAUGUAAAAAAGCAACAACUUCCCAAACUCUGGACACCCAUGCUCCCUCUAGAAGCACAUUGUGGACUUCGUGAUGGACCUGAUGCGGUCGACUUGUGGACCUUCAGAAACAUGUCUUUAAGCAUGCUUCUGCAGAUCCCUAGAUUCCAAAUUUUUCGAAGAAAAAGUAAAUGAGUUCAAACACUGCUCUUACAAAGGGUGUCAGUUAUUCAACAGUAUGUUCAGGAAUAUACGCCAAGGCACAGCGGGACCAACAUGUCCCCUAUCCCGACUCACAUUCAGACAAGAAUAGGCGCACACCGAUCCCCUUGUUUCCUGAAGAACAUAAGCCCCGUCUGGGUGGAAGAGGUCAUGAGCAAUCACCCAUCAAACCGAACUCAGCCAAUUCAUGUUCCAUCUCAUUAAAUAUUAACCGAAAUUCUUAAAUGUGUUUUCGAUUAAGAAAGAUUAUUUAAGUGUGGUUGUGAUACUGAUUGUCGUACAACGUAAUCCCAUGAUAUUUUAGACACACCAGAAGGUUUGUUUUCGGCCGUCCGCGAAAACCGCACUCGGCAAAAAAUGAUUACUUCAAUGGCACGCAUGUUUUCUAUCUAUUUUUGAUACCCGCAUAAAUCCAAAUGAAAUUUAUAGAAAACAUGCAAAAAUAUUCUUUCUUCUACUUAUUUGGUAGCCAAUCACUUCAUAUUGUAUGCUGUGGGGAAGGGCGUAUUUAGGUUUUUAAGCAGGUUUUCAAUUCCAAAUAACUGAGUGUGAUCAGUUGUUGGAUUUGCAUACAGGAUUUUCGGUCCACGUGCUGUAUACUUUCCGUGUGAGGAAAAUCGUACAUUCCUCUAUGCCGUUAAGAAGUUACCAUUUGAGGCUCAAAAUUUUGCGGUAGAUCUGGACCGUGUUGUAUACUUCCCGAUGAGCAUUAAAAACAGGCAGAUACAAUGCUAUUUAAGUGGACAUUGGAAGAUCCUUAAAGACCACAUAACUGCAAACUUUUAAAAACCGGAAGACACCCUUUUCGAGCAUAGAAUUUGAAGAGAAGUGAUUUUCCACCAAAUGAGUACAAGAAAGAAUAUUUCUGUGAAUAUUUCCUAUGAAAUAUAUUUAAAUUUAUAGGGUCAUUGAAAAUCGAUUGAAAAGUGCAUACUAUUUAUGCAGUCCAUUGUUACCUGGUGCGCUUUUUGCAGACGGUCGGAAAGAAUUGCGUUCAAAACCCAUCAUCUUCGCAUGUGUGAAAUAUCAUGGGAUUAUGCCGCACGAUAAUCAAUAUUACAAUCUCAACCGCAAGCGUAUUUUAGAAUUUUAGUUAAAAUUUUAUGAGAUCCACCACCGACUGUAUUUCUCCUUUCUUGACCGGGCAGGACCGAAGGUGUCCUCUUUCAAUCUUAGUGAGAAUCUUUUGUCCGUGACCCCUACACCGCAUGUCGCUUGUUCAUGCAUACGCUAGGUUCAGCGUUUCCGCACAAACUAAGCCGAUUUAAAAGCCCCUUACACCGUUUUGUCUUUAGCGCCGAGUGAGUAAUACAGGUGCUUGUCAGUGUGAAUUCUGUUGUCUAGAAGUCUUUCCGAAUUUGUUGUUUCCACAGUUCUGCAGCCUUUUUUACUCCUUAUUACAGCCCCGGUAAAACACGUCAUUAAAUGUUAACUUAUGUUCUUGGCCUGCCUCCUUCUGAAACAUAGCGAUAGUGUUUCCUUACAAAUAUCUAAGAGGGCUGGGAAAGCUAAAUAGGAAGGCUAACUUCCCCCCAACUCCAGUUGAAUCGAAUUACCGAGCCACCAUUUUGAGGUGGGCCACAGUUUGUACCGCCAGUUCGGGAAGUUAAUACUUUGUCGGACACAAGAAUAUGGACUCCUAGUACUAGAUGUGGCCUCACGCUAAAUUCCGGGCGGGGGUCCUGACUUUAAUAUUAACCCUUAUCCUCCUAACCAUACCACUGGCCCACGUAAACCUAACCCUAGCUAUGAGCCGAAUCCUAGCCCUCCUAACACUAACCAUAACUCUAAUCCCCUGGAAUUUUAGGCAAAGCCAUCUUUAAUACGGGCGUCCAUAUUCCCGUGUCCAACCUAAUACGCUUCUGUUAGCGUCUCUUGCGUUAAAUCCUUUGCAUAUUUUUCCCUUCACCCCCGCCCUGGUUAUCUAUGCGGUUUUAUCCUUAUUUUCCACAAUGUGAACUCCCAUCAGUCGCGCUUAUAUGUGCGGGCUGAGGUCUCAGUAUUUCAGGCAUAUUCUGUCGCCAGUUAAAAGUUUAGGUUAGAUGAUAGUUGGUAGCCCUCCUGAAACCGCAAACUCCCAGCUGUCUGUCAAUCGGGACCGGUGGUAAAAGGAGCUAUAUGGUUAGGACAAUUGAGUGGACGGGUAAAUGGCGAUUGUAUUAUAUGCUAGGAAUUGACGUAAAGUGGAAGCCUAAUUUAGAUUAGGUGAAAAAUACAAGGAAGGUAUGAAAAUGAGCAAGGAGACUUUGAACGGUGUGUGGAAUAAAUGCAUCCUAGCCUCAGAUUGGAAAGAAAAGCAAGUGAAGGCGAACAAUCAAUGGGAAGAAGGCAACUGGUCCGAAGGUCAUUCCGCAGUGUGCGCGAUAGAACUCCAUCCAACAUAGUGGACAGAAGAACACGAGAGUAAAGCAGCGGCACGCGGGACGCCACAAUGCAAGCCGGGUAAGACUUUUAUGCGAGAAUGUGGUUUGGGCGAAAAAGAAAAUCCGCAAAUAAUGAGGCAGUCGAAAGCUACCUCUGCUAAUGGAAGUGGAUAAAGUGUAAGCCUCAUUGGCAUCGUUACCGGUGCCAAUCCGCCCAAGAUAGUACCUCUACAAUGAAUGAGGCAGUCAAGAGCUACCUCUUUUUAUGAAAGUUGAUGUAGGGAAAGCCUCUUUGUCAUCGUUACCGGUGCCCAGGAUAGUACCACCACAAUGAAUCUGGUACAGGUACUACAGCAAGCAUGCAAAUUUAGAAACAUAAUGAGAACGUAAUUAUAACUGCUGAAAUCAAGUCAGUAGGUACAGUUGUGGAUUCUGUGGGCACGGUUGCCAACUCCCUCUUCUAAUGAAAUUUGACAUAGGGUAAGCCUCAUUAUCAUCGUUACCGGUGCAAAUCUGCCCAGGAUAGUACCUCUAAAAUGAAUCUGAUACAGGUAAUACAGCGUGCGCGUGAAUUUAGAAGCAUAAUGAGAACGCAAGCACAGCUACUGAAAUCGAGCCAGUAGGUACCAUUGUGGAGUCUGUGGGCACGGCUACCAACUAUCAUCUUACCAAAGUUUACUUUGUAGUCAGUAUCAACUUAAAUUAUUGUUUCAUCCUUACUUUCAGAGGGUGCAGACAACCAAAAUCCCGCUGCCUUGCACGUAGACCUGGGGCGAUUCCGAGCGAUUAUGGUGAGAGUUCCUAUUACGUACUACUCAUUUUUACACCUCAGUUCGCGUUCCAUUUGGUAACAAAAUGACUAGAGAUAGGAAAUUGUGUAGCUACUGACCUCGGCAUUCGUCCCAGUCAGCGCGUUUCACAGUAUGCUGGUUUCUUCUUCCCAACGGAGCCGAACUCCACAUAUUUGAAAGCCCACAUCCAUAGGAAUUGUGACGAUGAGGUAUGUGGCCUUACUAAAGAAGUGGGAGGCAAAAACUCUCGUAGUACAAGAAUUGUGAUAGUAGAGGUUUUGUGGGGUUGAGGGGGGGGGGUAAACAGAACUGACAGAUGGCUGUUUUCGGAAAGCGAGUACAAAAAGGUAUAUCUAAGCUGUUAGAUUGCUUAAAUACGCCAAUGAUUCGUAAAAACGCGAGCGCGCAGUUCUAAAUACUUAAAAUUAGGAGCUGUAAACGGGCGGAAAAGAGGAAGUUCGAGGGUAUUGGUUAGAUAUUCCAGGCGGACUAAUCCUAGCCCGAGACGGCCAGUCACUUUGAGGAACGCUUGAAGAAUAUGUCGUUAGAUCCGACUCAUGAUGGCCGCGACUGAAGAUUUAAUCGAUUUUUACAACGUUUAUAGCCUAACUCCAACGUUUGAAUUCUAACCCUAACCUCAAACCGUAACUUCCUAAGUCGAACGCCAACCCUAAUGGUAACACCUGAGGGGGGCGUGACGAGGAGUGAGUAGAAUAGAAGGAGGUUAAAUUAAGCCUGCCCAAAUGACAUAAGUAGGUAUGUCAUAAAAGUAAAAACUAUGUGGGGGCACAUACCCGGUCGUCACCAAAAUUGUCAGCAGAGUUGUAUAAAGGAGCUAUUACAGACUGCUUUUGGUCAAAGGGAUACUUUGCAACUUGUUGGUAGCCUUCUAGACACUUUGUAUGCCAGUGCUAUGGCUUGACUGUUUAUUGUGGUGAGGGAAUGUUCGACUGUCCUCCACCUUCUUCCUUUCGUGUCUUGGUUGCAAGCAUGCAUCAAGAUGACUGGAUAUGGGUAUACUCCUUGCUCCGGCAAACAUAAUCUAGGCCUAAUUUGUAUAGCUAUUCUCACAGAGAAUGUCGGCCCGCCUGGACUUUCAGAAUGUUUGGUGAGCAUCUGCUGUGACGCGAUAUUUUUUUCACCUUCUAAGAAGCCGAGUUAUUUCGCUUAAUACCAACCUGUAUGCUUGUUGUAUUCUGUCGAAAUUAAUGUUGUUAAGCACGAGCAUUUAUUGAAAAUCUGUGCUGUCUAACCAACAUAUGUCAGUAUAAGUACUAGCUGAAAGCCCAGGCACUUGAUCUGCCGCUGAGUUUUCUGCAGUUGCAUGGGACAGCUGCAAGAGGUCCGAUUCCACAAUAAGUUCCCUAGCGUUACCUAUGGUAUUUCUGUUUUGCACGCACAAAAGUUUCUGAACUCCGAACGAAUUCUGAUCGACAAGGCUUUUUAGGUUAAUUUGUCCGUUAGAUAGAAAUUACUCAGUUGUUGGACAGACGUGCAUGAAUAUUACUUGGUUGUUUUGCUGUAUCUGAUAGAAUUCGGCUCGGUUGUGCCGGCUUUUAGUUGAAUUUGAAAAGGCGUUACUUCAAGUUCACACGUAAGUUCCAGCCAAAGUUGUGGCCAUAAAAUUUGGGUCGUACUUGAGACUCCACGCGAGUUGUCUCGUUGUUUCUCACUGAUAACUGGUACUUGGUACGGCUGCGAUCAUGCCUGAUCUAGCCGGCGUCGAUGAUGUCCCAAAAUCUACCUCUCCACCCGUGACGAUCCGCAGCAGCAGAUCUGGACAGUUCAACUCAUUCUUUCCGCCAACGACGGAGACCGAAUGCCGAAGGUCCAAGAACCAUCUCCAUGUCUUGACGAACUGUGUCGAGCCAGGUUUUGAGUUUACUCCCUCUUCAACGUCUCCAAUGGGGUUAACGGUGCCGGGUCGAGGACAGUAACACUGAGCUCCUGAGGUGGACGACGAAGAACAUGCCCAAACCACCUCAGUCGUCCUUCUUGGAUGGCCUGGGUUAUUCUCGCGAGGUUGUCGCAGCGAGAGCGGACUGUCUCAUUUGAGACGAAGUCGGUAUACUUUAUUUGAAGAAUGGUCUUCAAGCAAUAGUGGUCAAAUACCUCCAGUUUUCGCUCGUCCUCCACGCGCACAGCCCAGCAUUUACAACCGUAGAGAAGGACAGACCGGACAGAUGCACGCUGCACGCGAAUCUUAGUGGCGAUGGAGAUGUCGCAUCGGAUCACUAGGCAUUUUCUAAGGCUUGAGAAAAUCCGGUGGGUAGCAUCAAUUCGGGAGACGAUGUCGUCCUUACUCUGUCCUUUCAGCAGCGGCCUCUCGCCGAGGUAUUUAAAACUGUCUACUUCAAGUUGACAGCUAACAAUCUCGGGAGGUGUCUUCUUCUGGUCAGGGAUGCAGCUUGAAAACACUUUGGUCUUCCCAGUGUUUAUGGAUAAACCGACCGAUUUCGCGACCUCGUUCACCCGUGACACCAUAGACUGCAGAUCACCAAAACUUGAAGCAACUAAGGCGAUAUCAUCGGCGUAGUCGAGAUCAGUCAGUCGGUGUCCAAGUGCAAACUCGAUGCCGUUACCCUCGUGUAGGACCCUCCCGAGAAUCCAGUCAACAGCGUAGUUGAACAGAACGUACGACAGGAUAUAACCCCGUUGAACGUCAGACCGAGUACCAAACGAUUGGGGAAGAUUGUUGCGGACUAGAACUCGUGUGAUUGUGAAACGAUAAUAGGCCUUGAUCAUGGCGAUGAUUUUUGGCGGUACAUCAUCUAGCACCGUUAUCUGCCACGGGUACUCAUGUUAGACGGAAUCGAACUCGACGGCGAAGUCAACAAAGCAGACGGCCGUCGGUUGCUGGUGGCUAUGGCAAAACUCGAGGGCUGCGGAGCGCGCCGGUUCCCGCGGACACCGUAGUAUGGGUCGUAAUACUAUAGUCGGACAUAUUUCAUGGGGUUUCAUGGAAAUUCCGGAUACAGGCGGGUCCCCAGCAGUUGUCUUCUCUGGCGCUUUGGCUUAAAAGCCUAGCCACAAGGCAGCGGUGACAAGCAAACUUAUUUACUGGCGGUUUGCGGUCGCCAUGUCACAAUGUUGUCAUUGGGCUUUACGGCUUUUCGUAAGGCUUUCAGCGUGCCGGACCUCAACCGUCCGCUCUCUGGUAGCACUGUCGCUGCUGGUCCGCGACUGCUUAUUCGUCAGACCUGAAUCUGCUUAUUUCGCAGCUAACCUUCACUGAAGACCGUUGCACUAUCCGCCACCUGUGGACGUGCUGGGUAGCCAGCAGCUAGGCUAACGGGCAACCCCUCUUCCCGGGACAACCCGUCUUCCCAGGUUGGUAUCUUUCGGACGUCAUAAGUUUCUGACUCACACCUAUCAGUUGUUCCAGUCACAAAUGUCCCCGUAUAUUUUAUACAAAACAAGCCUUUUCCAUAAACUAAAAUCCUAAGCAGGCCUGUGUCGAUGUACGUCUAUCUCGGCCAAAUACCGACUAGCUCCUGCUCGUUCCGUGGGGCUCUCUAGUCCGACCUAAUGGUCAGAAUGAACAAUCACUGGAAGAAGCAGCUUGUCUUGUCGUCGUCAUUCACCUCCUGUAUUUACUGAAGACAUUCUACUUGAACCUGAGUCAUUCUUUUCGGACGAAGUAGAAUUCACUGCUUAGAUCAAUACAGGCAAGCAUAUCCCAGGUUCUUAGUGUAAGGCAGAAGAAUGUACAAGCAUUGGGCCGGUCAAAAGGAGAGAUAUUUAUUACCUUCUAGGGGGAGAGUUAUUGGCUGCAAACUGUGUGGCGCAUUCACAAGCGGUCCUAAGUUUCUGAGUGCGUGACAAUGUGUUUACAUGUCUUCUACCAGACAUUCGAAUUCGCAGGUUUUCACAUUCCUCAGGAAUUAAUCGCUAACUUGUAGCUGUGUCAUGCAGCGGUGGAAUAUCGACGAAACACGUGUCUGGGCUUUUAAUUAGUAUCUGUGCUGUCAAGUAUGGUAUAUGGUACAACGUAUCCAUAUUCAAAUUAGUUUGAAAAUUAAUUAUCAGUUUUUUUUGGUCCACAGAUAUGUGAGAGGUUUUAGUUAUUUGAAAUUUGCAGAAUCGUCUGCAACUGUACUCGCUCCACGCUCUAAACCAGUUAAUCGACUAUAGGCUAACGACGUCAUCCUGCUUUGCAGUCAACCGGAUACGGAGCCCUGGUGUAUGAGGUGUGACCUGCGGACCAAUCGUAUUGUGUCUAGGUUAUUCGGUCUCUCUCAUUCAAAGUCUGGCCUGUGUCUUAGUCACCGGCCUUCCUGACCUGCGCACGAACUGUGGUCUUCUGAAGACAGACGAGCCAGUAGUAGCGCUUCCACUCUCUUAUAUUCGGUUGGAACCAUCCUUCCUCUAACCGAAAAGUCUGGCCGCGUGCGCUAGUUUGAACGGUUUCUAAGCCAGAUCCUGACUGCUCUGCACUUCUGACGUCUUUUAUACAGUUGAACUUUGUGCUCAUCCGCAUGUCUUGUGUACGAGUUUUCGUCAUUUUUGUUAGCCAAAGCCAGCACAGUCAAGCCAGCCGACAAGGAAGCUUCCUAUCGCUCGCAAUUCAUCCACUCGAUCUGUGAAUACUCCCAGCACCACCACAGUGUCCUGUUGCGCUGCCCUCGAGCCCGUCACUUCUGCUGUCCUUCCGUCUGAUGACAAAAAGCUUAUUAAUACUGCGGAUUUUCCUGUCACACUUCCAGCAGCGUCUCAGUCGGUUGGGCAGACCCUCCAACUUCAGCCUCUACCUGCUACCGGUGGACAUCCCAUCCUCCUGAUAGCCCCAGUCUGCCCGAGCAGCGUCGUUGACGACGCCUCUGCUCUACCGUCGGCUUUGUUUACUAUUUCAGACCCUUUAGCGGGCUACCCCACUUGGAGUAUGGCAACAAAUGGGGAUCAGGCAAGUGUGCUCUUUACCUUUCCCGCCUGUUCUUCAGCGCCGCAUGUUUUCACUGUGUACACAAAUUGUGAAAUUUUGCCGAUCGGGUCCUAUUUAAGUCCAGUAAAAUCGACGGUUGAGACCAGCCUUCUACAUUCGGUACCUCUUUUGCCUACCCAUAUCCGUUCCACAGGAACCUAUUAGCAUCACAGGCUUUCUUUUGAAGCCUAUUUAAACAUCGGGAUCUUCCUUGAGUUAAAACCAGCAGUGAGCGUGCCGGUCAGAAUUACCGGCUUUCGGCGACCUUACACAUCCUCCAUUACCAGUGUCUACCCGACAGUAGACAUUCCGUGGACCCAAAACUGACGUUCCGAGACCCGUGUAAACAGCGACCUCAUGUUGUAGGCCUGGUCUUCUAAUGGUCAUUUGAUAUCUCCAUUGCUUGUCUGUUACUUUUUUAGUUAAAAUGCCCUUUCUGAACUGCAAACUAUGUCCUGAACUUGACUUUCAUAGUCGUGGAAUAUUAACGUGCCUUACCAGUUUUGAACUGAACUCCGGCAUUGCCGUUAUUAAUAUUCAUUGUUUGAAGCAGUUGUAAUUUACCGGUUUCUUCAUCCGCCUUUUGUGUCGUGCAUAAACAGACGGCAGCUGAAUCACUGACGUCUCUAAAUUCUGUUUUUAUUGGAAUUCACGCCUUUUUGAUGUUUACAAUAAUACUCACACCGUCUUCGUUUACUGCCAGACAUGCGGCCCAACUACCCUAGUUAAGUGAAGGACACACACGGAGCGCAGAGGUAAUUAAACGACUGUGCUCCUCGACUACACUAUUCAGACUUCAACCCGAUUUUGCACCACCGUAUCCAACUAAUCAUCUUGUCACAUUGCUUAUUAACGCAGUCGAGACCAGCUAGAGCAGCUUAUUUCCGUCGCGAAGCAUGCUGUAUUCAGUUACCGUCUCCGUGAAAUUCCCACCUGGCAGCUAACCUACCUCCUUCUCUCUUCCACUCAGCUGUUUCCCCAACUUGUUGCUCUUCCACAUAUCCUGCCAAACGCUGUCACUGGCAAUCUUCAACAGUCCUGUCUGGUGUACAGUCUGCCGCCGCCCACCAGUCUCCAAUCAGAUCCUAAUGUCUUCUUCAAGACUCCCGAGUGCCCUAAACUAACUACGGACCCAGCCUCGAUUGUCCCAUCGACAGGGACGGUGGUUUAUGCCGCUACAGACCUUGAAGACGGCAAUUCCUACUGUGUGGACGCGGGCAACGAUACCAGCAGUGGGGUAGGCCACGAUAUCUAUCAACAGCAGUUCGACACUCCCACAGCUGUGCCUGAUUCCAGUGAGAGGAGUAAGUGCCUACAGCAAUGUUUGUGAAGCUUAUUAAUACUGGAACUUGAAGUGUCCUCAGAACAACAGAGCAACGCUGGAACCUGUACUCUGAAAAAGGAUGCUCUGCUUUACUAAGUUGAACAAUAGCAUCGCAUGCAUCUCGUUAUAGAUUGGAAUACUAAUCUUCCUAGUAUUGUAAAGGUAGUAGUAGUAGUAGCAGUAGUAGUAGUUAGUUAGUAGUAGCAGUUAGUAGCAGUGGCAAUAGUAGUAGUAGUAGUAGUAGUGGUAGUAGUAGUAGUAGUAGUAGUAGUAGUAGUAGUAGUAGUAGCAGCAGCAGCAGCAGCAGUAGCAGCAGCAGCAUAGUCCUCUCCAAGAUGGGCAACAGAAAUAGCAAUCUGCCAAUGGAAAAUCUCUUACAGCCGAAUGAAUCGGUCAUGCUUGUUAAGCUCCACCCGUUUCUAAGGUUUUUAUUGUCAGUGUGCUCCAUCCCGCAUUUGCAUCAGACAAGCAAAGUCCCUUGCCUAUAUUAUGAUCUCCGACAGCCGCUUCCUGCUGCCUCAGACAACCCUGACAGAACGGGCACCGUCUGUCCUGUAAUCAGGCGACAUCCUCGAUCGUCGUCACAUUUGGGUGAAUACGUUGGAGCGCGAUGGUUGACAAUGUAGUUUUUAAGAUCAACAUUUUGGGAGACAGAAUUAGUAGCAAGGUCAACUGCAGCAGGGAGCCGACGGGCAGUUCUGCGGUCGACGUCAUCCUUUUUUAUUAGUCGUGGCGCGAGGUGCUUGUGUGCGCUUGAGGCACAAAUAAGCGGAUCUACUCCAAGUUAACGAUUAAUCUCGGAGGAAAUAAAAAAUCUGCAAUUGCGAAACUAGGACGUUUACCAAAAAGCACGCUGGGAGGCCUGCUGAUGAGCCGAACCCCUCGCAGCUAGGCCAUGCAGGGUAGACUGUCGGCGAACCGCGUUUGGGCUGUCAAGUGGGGUACAUCGCACAACUCUCCCCCUUAAUGACUCAAUACCAUACUAAGAUACUGGCUGUUUCUCAGCCUCGAUCAUAGUGCAUACUUUGAGCUAUAUAAUGCCUGCCGGUUUUUGUAUACAAUAAGCACAAAAGCUUGCCUUUCUGGUAUUCCGUCGGGCAAAUUCUUAAUAAGUGACUCUUUAAGCGGUCCCCUCUUUGACCUCGUCGCCUUAUUUUGUUUUCCAGCUUCCACUACCUCUUUCCCAUCCUCAAGUAAGUGUCGACUACUUUCAAUUCUCCAGUUGUUAAGGUACCUCUGGCUGUAGUCGAUACCUGGUCUCUCUUUCCUCUCCUUUCGGUCUUUAUUUUACAACUACAUAAGCAUGGCCACCCGGUUCACUCAUCCAGGAUUUGAGCCAGUUUGGCCUAGUGCAAGUCUGCUUAUUCCCCUUUUUGAGUGUUUUCUCUAAUUGAAAAGUAUUUCUCACGUGCGCAUGACAGACGGAUAUAGUCAUUUCGGACUCUUGAUGUCUUCAGCGAGUGAUAUCUCGGUCCCAGACCCGGUGUACCAGAGGUUCUAAAUCCGGACCCAAUUUGCUAUUAAGCACUAAACAGGAUGCUCUGCCACUGGGCCAGACCCCGCCUUACUAAUCACUGUUUAUUUCUCCGCCGCUUUAGGUGUUGCCGAAAGCAACAUUGAGUACUCCUCGAAUGCUUUGCAUGACCCCAGUCAACACUCGUUUACAACUUCAUUCCCACCUAUGGAGAUCGUAGAUCUUGACACGUCUAUCAGUGCCGACGGCCCCGUCUUGCCUUCCACCGACACUGCCAAUCAAGGUGUCUCUUCCGUCCCUUCCGAGCCCAUGCCCUUUGACUCCUCCUGGCCCUCCUUCACUUACAGUGCACCGCUCAUCUACGCGACUGACGCGACUUACAUCUCCAGCCAGCAGACGAUGGACUCAUUGACAUUCGAGUCUCCCCUACAAAUCUCUUUUGAGGAGGAGAUUGCGUCCGCCCCGCCACCGCCUCCCCUCGUAGACGGGUCUUCCUACACAAUUACCCAUACCCAGCAAAUUGCAUGACGUAUGUGUAACUUUCUUUUACUACUGUCACCUUUACUUCGUGGUCCCGCUAGGUUUAGAUCUGUCCUGCGCGUCUAUAUGCAGUUGCAGGAGUGUAUAUGGCUCUCGGGAAGGGCAGUCGCAUUGCGGGGUUGGUAACUGUACCAACUGCUUUGCGAUUCGAGAUCUUUAUGUCACUCUGAUUCCACCUGCAGCCUAGGUCUCACCUGUGUCCCAUAAUCUUGGGCUCAGCCCAGCGGUCACUCAUCUUAGCAACUACUUCAGCCGGUUUGGGGUUGUCGGCAUGUCUCUCCAACAGCAGCGACUUGGUGUGUACGCGAAAGGGUCUAGGCGCUGAGCCCAACUCCAUCUCUAAUCCUCACCUUGUCCUGCCAUUGGGAGAGGAUGAUUGCGUAAGGUGUAUGGGGUAGAUUGUUGCACAAGCCUCUCGCUACAGUUCUUGUUAAACUCAACUCACCACUUCCUCCCGAGACCGUGAGGAUCCUGGCUGCUUACGAUGGACGAAAUGCCGAGAUUCCAAUAUAGCCUAUUUCAGUAAGUUGUUAAUACUGUAAAUCAUGUUGAUAUAGGCUUCUCAUUGACGAUCUAUUUGUACCACAUUGGGGCGGGAGUAUAUCUGCGCGGCGCACUGAAAAUCUGAGCGAUGACCUAGUGAACUGUAUAAUUUUAUAAUAUUUUAAAGUCCAUAUUGACCCAACUGUGAAAAACUCGGCGUCUCGGUGGGGUUCGAACCCACGCAGUAAGGGGGAAGGCUUUAGUACAGCCAACGCUCUAACCACCUGAGCUACGAGGCCCCAAUGAAUAGUUUAAAGAGUUCUCAAGGUGACGCGUCAUUCCAAAUGUUACCUUUCAAGCCUGUAGUUUAUGCCAGAACUAGUAGGCCUUUGAUCUGCGUCUUUAAGUACGCCUUCAAGCAGAAAAUACUACUUCGAUGCAGUUGCAGUCAUGGUUGUUAUGGGGCAUAGCCCGCAACAAGUCACAUGCCGUAAUUUACCUAAUUUUGAUUGAAAGUACUCAGGUUUUUUCUUUUCCUUUGUAUUUUAAGCCUGCGUUUUCACCUGUUUCUUAGGCUUUCAAACUGCAUACCGUGCAAUUGCUAGAAGUCAGCCCCAACUAUUCUUUUUAUUCCAGUAGAUGUGAAUUGUGAUACACAUUUUGUGCUUAUCGUUAAUAAGCCUGCUGGUCUUAAACUUCCCGAAGAAAUAUAUUCAUAUAUCACAAUCUUACUACAACAGAACUACCCCUCUUUCUCAGUCGAAACAUUUUAAUAAGGCGCGGUUUCCUAUAGAAUGAGCAUAGUGGGUGACAUUACUAUUAACUCGUCCCAAGAAGUGUUACAGUUUUGCAAUGGUCAAAUAUAGUCAGGAAAAAAUGCGCCGCUUAAAUUGGGAUUUUUGUCCAAGUUUUAUUUACGCAGGUGACUCUAGAUGUUAUCAAUAAAAAGCCAGCAAGCCACAGUAUGUGAGUUAGUUUGGGACUGUUUCACGUCAGUCAGUAUUGCGAUCUCACUUAGGGAGUAUUUUCUACUUUCAAUUGUAUUUGUCCUUGUCCUCAAAAUUUCGUAAUGCGAUCUACCCUAGACCCGAAGCUCUAUGGAAACAUGGAAAUACCCGUUCCCAUCCUGCAGUCAGAUUAGGUCCGUGAGUAGCACCCUUACCUGGCCUUCAGCGUUCCGGAUCCCAGCCAAAAGGACUUAGACGUUCAGCUUAGUGUCGAGUGCCUUUGCCUUAAACAUGUUCGGCAAUAAGCUGGUAUAGACCCAAACCCGGUUGCGCUAUCACGGGGAAUUGGAAUAUCACCACCUAAUAACAACACGUAUGCCAGAAGUGGUCAUUAUAGUUAGCCUAAAUUAUUUCACACGGUGGAAUCUAAAAUAAAACUAAAACUAAAUUGUCUCAUUUGAAGAAUACUGACUGUUUCUCCCUUCUGCAUACCUCUCAUAUUCACUCUCCAUGUAUCUUAUUACCUACCUCCUUUUGAAUCCCUCUUUCUCUCUCUUCUGGUUUAGUUCCGCACUUCGGCAUUUUCCCCCAAAGCCUCGUCAGGAUCCUACAGUGGCUUCCGUGAAGAAAGUAGCCCCACCUUCUGGUUCAUGCAUCCAGAUGCACAACGCCCAGUCGAAUUUACAUCAAUCUCCUAA